CUCGGUUGCUGGGACAGCAGGUGGUGGCAGCCAGAUGCUAGGGAGGGUGCGCAGACCUCAGGUCCUCCUGCUGCUUCGGGGAGCGUGAACUGGUCUGAGCACUCGGGGACAUCCGGCGGUUUCCUAGAAAAGGUACCUGCAGAUGGUGGCCACUGUCGGUGCUGCCCACCGAGUGCCAGGCUGAUCCAUGGUCACUUUCCGGGAUGGCAGCAAGGUGACUUCAGCUGAGGAUGACCCUGACUGAAAGGCUGCGUGAGAAGAUAUCGCGAGCCUUCUACAACCAUGGGCUGCUCUGCGCGUCCUACCCCAUCCCCAUCAUCCUCUUCACAGGGCUCUGCAUCUUAGCCUGCUGCUACCCGCUGCUGAAGCUCCCCUUGCCAGGAACGGGACCCGUGGAAUUCUCCACUCCUGUGAAGGAUUACUCACCCCCACCUGCGGACCCGGACCCCCAGCACGGAGAGCUGACCGGGCAGCCGGAGUGGUAUGUGGGGGCCCCGGUGGCCUACAUCCAGCAGAUAUUCGUGAAGUCCUCCGUGUCCCCCUGGCACAAGAACCUCCUGGCAGUGGACGUGUUCCGCUCACCUCUGUCCCGGGCAUUCCAGCUGGUGGAGGAGAUCCGGAACCACGUGCUCAGAGACAGCUCUGGCCCCAGGAGCCUGGAGGAGGUGUGCCUGCAGGUGAGCGACCUGCUGCCAGGUCUCAGGAAGCUCCGGAACCUCCUGCCCGAGCACGGGUGCCUGCUGCUGUCCCCCGGGAACUUCUGGCAGAAUGACCGGGAGCGCUUCCAUGCCGACCCCGACAUCAUCGGGACCAUCCACCAGCACGAGCCCAAAACCCUGCAGACGUCAGCCACGCUCAAAGACUUGCUGUUCGGCGUGCCCGGGCGGUACAGCGGGGUGAGCCUCUACAGCAGGAAGAGGACCGUCUCAUACACCAUCACGCUGGUCUUCCGGCGCUACCACGCCAGGUUCCUGGGCAGCCUGCGCACCCGCCUGACGCUCCUGCACCCCAGCCCUAACUGCAGCCUGCGGGCGGAAAGCCUGGUGCACGUGCACUUCAAGGAGGAGAUCGGUGUCGCCGAGCUCAUCCCCCUCGUCACCACCUACAUCAUCCUGUUCGCCUACAUCUACUUCUCCACCCGCAAGAUUGACAUGGUCAAGUCCAAGUGGGGGCUGGCCCUGGCCGCCGUGGUCACAGUGCUCAGCUCACUGCUCAUGUCCGUGGGGCUCUGCACACUCUUCGGCCUGACGCCCACCCUCAACGGCGGCGAGAUCUUCCCCUACCUGGUGGUGGUGAUUGGGCUAGAGAACGUGUUGGUGCUCACCAAGUCGGUGGUCUCCACCCCAGUGGACCUCGAGGUGAAGCUGCGGAUUGCCCAAGGCCUCAGCAGCGAGAGCUGGUCCAUCAUGAAGAACAUGGCGACAGAGCUGGGCAUCAUCCUCAUAGGCUACUUCACCCUGGUGCCCGCCAUCCAGGGGAAGCAGAAGAUUCAGGAAAGCACCAGUCCUAGCCAUCUCUGGAAGGAGUUCUGUCUCUUCGCCGUUGUGGGCCUGGUGUCUGAUUUCUUCCUGCAGAUGCUGUUUUUCACCACGGUCUUGUCCAUAGACAUCCGCCGGAUGGAGGCUGGCUAUACGGCCGUCCACACCCCACACCGUCACGCUGCAGCCGUCUUCCUUCCGCAACCUGCGGCUCCCCAAGAGGCUGCGUGUCAUCUACUUCCUGGCCCGCACCCGCCUGGCGCAGCGCCUCAUCAUGGCUGGCACCGUUGUCUGGAUCGGCAUCCUGGUGUACACAGACCCAGCAGGGCUGCGUACCUACCUCGCUGCCCAGGUGACAGAGCAGAGCCCGCUGGGCGAGGGUGCCCUGGCGCCCAUGCCGGUACCGGGUGGUGUACUGCCCGCCAGCCACUCGGACCCCGCCUUCAUCUUCCCACCUGAUGCCCCCAAGUUGCCUGAGAACCAGACGUUGCCAGGCGAGCUACCUGGGCCAGGGGGUCCGGCAGAGAGUGUCUAUGACAGCCCCGUCCCAGAGGUCACCUGGGGGCCCGAGGAUGAGGAGCUGUGGAGGAAGCUGUCCUUCCGCCACUGGCCAACCCUCUUCAGCUACUACAAUAUCACCCUGGCCAAGCGGUACAUCAGCCUGCUGCCCGUCAUCCCGGUCACGCUCCGCCUGAACCCCAGGGAGGCGCUGGAGGGGCGGCACCCUCAGGACGGCCACAGUGCCUGGCCGCCGGGACAUCGAGUGCCUGGCCAGCGACGGCAUGCUGCUGGUGAGCUGCUGCCUGGCGGGCCACGUCUGCGUGUGGGACGCACAGACCGGAGACUGCCUCACGCGCAUCCCGCGCCAGGGGCAGCGCCGGGACAGUGGUGUUGGCAGCGUGUUUGAGGCCCAGGAAAGCUGGGAGCGGCUGUCCGAUGGUGGGAAGACUGGCCCAGAGGAGCCCGGUGACAGCCCUCCGCUGCGACACCGCCCUCGGGGUCCCCCGCCGUCUUCCCUUUUCGGGGACCAGCCGGACCUCAACUGCUUAAUAGACACCAACUUCUCUGCGCAGCCGCAGCUCUCAGAGCUCACUCAGCCUGAGCCGCGGCACCGCGCGGGCUGUGGCCGCGCUCGGGACUCCCCGGGCUACGACUUCAGCCGCCUGGUGCAGCGAGUGUACCAGGAGGAGGGGCUGGCAGCCGGCCACGCGCCCGCCCUGCGCCCUCCGUCCCCUGGACCUGCGCUGCCCCAGGCCCCUGUGGACGAGGGCGGCUCUCCCGAGAAGGGCGCCCCAUCGCUGGCCUGGGCCCCCAGUGCAGACGGUUCCAUCUGGAGCCUGGAGCUGCAGGGCAACCUCAUCGUGGUGGGGCGGAGCAGUGGCCGGCUGGAGGUGUGGGACGCCAUCGAGGGUGUGUUGUGCUGCAGCAGCGAGGAGGUCUCUUCUGGCAUCACAGCCCUGGUCUUCCUGGACAAGAGGAUUGUGGCUGCUCGGCUCAAUGGUUCUCUGGACUUCUUCUCCUUGGAGACCCACACUGCCCUCAGCCCCCUGCAGUUCAGAGGGACUCCAGGGCGGGGCAGUGCCCCCGCGUCUCCUGUGUACAGCACCAGUGACACAGUGGCCUGUCGCCAGACCCACACGGUGCCCUGUGCACACCAGAAACCCAUCACUGCCCUAAAGGCUGCUGCUGGGCGCCUGGUGACUGGGAGCCAGGACCACACACUGAGAGUGUUCCGCCUGGAGGACUCGUGCUGCCUCUUCACCCUGCAGGGCCACUCAGGGGCCAUCACGACAGUGUACAUUGACCAGACCAUGGUGCUGGCCAGCGGGGGACAAGAUGGGGCCAUCUGCCUGUGGGACGUGCUGACUGGCAGCCGGGUCACCCACAUGUUUGCACACCGUGGCGAUGUCACCUCCCUCACCUGUACUGCCUCCUGCGUCAUCAGCAGUGGCCUAGAUGACCUUAUCAGCAUCUGGGACCGUAGCACGGGCAUCAAGCUCUACUCCAUCCAGCAGGACCUGGGCUGUGGCGCAAGCCUAGGCGUCAUCUCCGACAACCUGCUGGUGACUGGUGGCCAGGGCUGUGUUUCCUUCUGGGACCUAAACUACGGGGACCUGUUACAGACAGUCUACCUGGGAAAGAACAGCGAGGCCCAGCCCGCCCGCCAGAUCCUGGUGCUGGACAACGCUGCCGUGGUCUGCAACUUCGGCAGCGAGCUCAGCCUGGUGUACGUGCCCUCUGUGCUGGAGAAGCUGGACUGAGGGUGGGCUGCGGCUGGGCCCAGGCUGGUGUGUGGGGCCAACGCACUGGACUGAGACUGGGGAAGGGGUGGUGUCUUCUGGCACCGCUUCUGCCCUGCCUGACUGUAAUAUUAAAGUUUUUAAAAAAACACA